UCCCAAUCCACUCUCCCCGUGGCAGUGGAACAGGCGCGCAUCUUAUUCAUUUUCUCGGAAUUUCUCAACUGAUUGAUUGGUUCAUACCCGGCUUCUCUAUCACGCAAAUCUCGGAAUCUCUGCUCUUGCUCUUGAGAAACUUCAAUCGCCCAAUCGUCUAAAGUUUCGAUCUUCUCCGCAUGUUUCUGUGAAAUUCCAGCGCUACUUGAUCUUCGGUGAAUCCUGGAGAAGGGAGAGGAUGUCAACACCGGCCAAGAAAAGGUUGAUGAGGGACUUCAAGCGGUUGCAACAGGAUCCUCCUGCUGGCAUCAGCGGUGCCCCAUGUGACCACAACAUAAUGUUUUGGAAUGCUGUUAUUUUUGGUCCGGAUGACACUCCGUGGGAUGGAGGUACGUUUAAGUUGACACUUCAGUUCACAGAGGAUUACCCAAAUAAGCCACCAACUGUGCGAUUUAUUUCUCGAAUGUUCCAUCCUAACAUUUAUGCUGAUGGAAGCAUUUGCUUGGAUAUCCUGCAAAACCAAUGGAGCCCUAUUUAUGAUGUUGCAGCAAUACUUACCUCAAUCCAGUCAUUGCUCUGUGACCCAAAUCCCAACUCACCUGCUAACUCCGAAGCUGCACGCCUUUUCAGCGAGAACAAGCGCGAAUACAAUAGGAAGGUGCGCGAGAUUGUGGAGCAAAGCUGGACCGCAGACUAAAAACGCCUGAUGCCACUCAGAGUUGGACCAACGUUAUCUGAUUCUCUUUUGGUCUGUUAAACUCAAGUGUUGUUUGCUUCAUCAUCGAAAACACACAAAUCAUCCUUCCAAAUGCUUUUAGGGACCAUGAUUUGUCUUUUAUCUCAAGACUUGGCUGCUUAUAUAUGCGACCCUUUUGAAUGUACAUAAGAUUUCUUGAAUCAAGGUCUGUUGAACUUUGUGAACCUUUUCCAAGAACCUCCUGACGGCUCUCUGGGCAGUUUGGGUUAGUUUUUCAAGUUUUGGAUGUCCAAAAGUACUCUUGAGUGAAUCAAGAUGGGUCAUGCUAUAGUUUAGUCACGGGUUCAUGCGUGAUACUAAGAUCAAAGGGUGUGGGAUCCCGUGAUGGCCACGUAGGACGCAUGGAUGGUGAAUGCCGCCCUCUCACCUAUGACUGUGAUAGGUGUGACACCCUUCUUCU